CACAUCGUAGAAGAAGACGUUAGCCGCAGUACAGGUCCAAGAAGAAGAAGAAGAAGAAGAAGAAGAAAACAUCAGUAGAGUCAUGUCACGUUAAACAUGAUUACUAAGGUUACUCCGAAGAUAAAUAUGAAUACCACAUGACAAAACACAGACGUCCAUCUUAUCUCGCCCAGGUUCGCGAUGAGCGUCCGCUGUUUCUGGUCCUCAACUGCCCGAAGCUUCACUCGCUCGAGUCCCGCCGCCCCCGGUCUCCUCUGCUGGCGGCUUCUGGGCCCCAGCUCCGCUACAAGAAGAAAUAUGUCCUCCGAAAGACAAAUGGACCAUCUAGAGAAGACAUCGAGCAACUACAGACAAAAUGCUCUGUAUCCAGCCCAAGUAUGUGGCAUCAUGGAUGAGUCCGAGACGGUGAAACGUGUGAGAAUAGCUGUCCACCCAGACUUCAGCUUCAAAGCAGGACAGUGGGUGGACUUCUUCAUUCCCGGCGUGGAGACGGUGGGAGGUUUCUCCAUGUGCUCCAGCCCGGGUUUGCUGCAGAGGGAGGGCGUCGUCGAAUUGGCCGUCAAAUACACCAAACACCCUCCAGCACACUGGAUCCACACCAUGUGUGCGGUGGGCUCUCGAGUGGCCAUGCGUGUCGGCGGGGACUUCUUCUUCAACCCGUCGCCCUCUGACCCCUCCGUGGAUUUGCUGCUGCUGGCCGGCGGCGUCGGGAUCAACCCCUUGUACUCGAUCCUGUUGCACACAGCCGGUCUGCUGCAUCUCAACCAUGCCUCUGGUGGGCGGGAGUACAAGAUAGGCUCUGCUCACCUCUGCUACAGCGCCAACAACACCCAGGAGCUGCUCUUCAAGAGCUCCAUCAUCGAGGUGUGUCGGGAGUUUCCCGACAAGCUCUCCUGUGACCUCCACGUCACGCAACAGAGCACAGAUGUGGACUCGCACCUCCAGCCAUUCAUCAACCGCGGGAGAAUCACAGAAGAGGAGUUGCGGGCUCAUGUGGACCCGCAGAGGACUUUGUGUUUCCUGUGUGGGCCCCGGCCCAUGAUCGAAGCACUUUCAAAAACCCUCAUGGACUUCGGCCUCCCGAAAGACAGAAUCCUCUUCGAGAAGUGGUGGUAGAACCUUUUUAGCAUUCUCAGAAACCUCCCUCGG